UGCCCUUCAACUCCUUCAUCAUCAUCCCCCGAAAAGAUAUACUGUCUCUCAUUUCUUUCUGGCUUGUAGUUCACUAGCUAUCAGUGAAACCCACAAAAUGGUGCUCAAGACUACGUUGCUUGCAGCCAAACCUCCCUCUGAUCCACCGUCACCCCCGAGCAAGCCGAACAUCUCACUGCAUCAUGGAGAAGCAGAAUGGACAGCCGUUUAUCCCAUUAUCGAGAGAUUAUACAUGAAAGAUCGGAGAAAGCUUCGACAUAUCAUGCAGAUCAUGGAGGAAAAGCAUAAUUUCAAGGCAUCAGUUCAGAUGUAUAAGAGGCGAUUCACAAAAUGGGGGUUCUAUAAAUCAAAACCAAGAAAUGUGAAGAAUACUUGCAAGUACAGGAUGCCGAGUGCAAGAAAUACACCAGAGACUCAAAAGUGGCCAGACGCUGCGCUGUGCCAUAGCCAGUCCCUUGUUCUCUCCCCGAGCCCAGAUCCUUUAGAGACAAGCAGUCUUGAAUUUCUUACAAGUAUAUCCGACUGGAGUAAUUCAUUCUAUGAAUCUCUCUAUACCGAUGGAUUGCACGCACAAAACAUCCAUUCGUCACCACGAACUGUUAAAAUCAAUCGUUACGAUCCAGAGGGCUUGAGUUUCGCCUUCCGGACUAUCGUUGAGCUCAUACAGCGAGGCAAAGGCGUUCUAGCAGGCCGCUUGACCCGAAAAGCCUUUCUUGAUAUUGAGAAUAUGCUGCAAGUCGAGGCACCUUUGUUCAUAUGGAAUGUCUUGGAAAUCAUGUAUCACAUGGUUCGGCUUGGUCAGACACAGCUUCUUGGUAUGCUUCUCAUGCAACUGGUCGAACUGGCGAGUAAUACCCAUGAGAUGCAGCAUCCGGUUAUCAAGAUGCUGAAGAGCUUGCAAAGAGCGGUAUAUCUUUGGGAGAAGCAUGCUACACUUGAGAAGAUGAACCUUCUUGAGCAGGCCUGGGGUUUGAAUGCGGAUAUAAUAUUCAGAAACUACGACUCGAGGCUGUUGGCCAUGUACUACCGCCUAGUCUGGGAAUCUUCCUGCAUUAAACUUGGUGAGGAUCAACUGGAUGGUCUUGAUAAAUGGUUCUCAGCUGUCAAGAGCAAGAUUCCGCACGAGGAUUCCUACUUUCGACAGGCUGUUCUAUUCAACGAUCCCAACUCGACGGAGGAUGCAGAACCGCCGAGAGACUACGAGAUCACAAAAGAGCUCUGCGUUUCGGCAAUACAGCAUCGCUGCACAAUGACCUUUGGAGAGUCAAACAUGUCAAGCCUCGUGCGUUUGGGUUUACUCAAGAGUAGGGUUCUCGACGAGAUUGACGGGCAACCAAGCGAUGAAAUACCACAGUCCCAAACGCGGUUUCAAGCAAGGGUUAUGGCCUAUUUAAUGAAGGUUCUGAUGGACGUUGAUAGAGAACUGGGGUUGGAUGUCAAUGUGGCGGACAGAAUGCGAAACAAGAUCGCCUUGCGAGAAUUUGGCUACUCGAGCACUUCACCGCAAGUUAUACAUGAUAUGUGGCAGCUAGAAGCCUUUCUACAAAAAGAAGGAGAUGUAGCUGAAGCGGAAAAGAUAAGGAAUGAGACGUAUAAGAGGCUGGAGGAGUAUGUGGACCAGGUGCCUGUGGACGAGGUCUAGCAGGCGCAUGACUGACAAGCACAGAAGCAAUGUGAUAGCUAAAUGUGAUGAGAUAUUGAGACGAUUUACCCAAAACGCCACGAGUCUAUGCUCUAUAAAAUGCCU